AAUUGAGUUUACUCUUAAGAAAUCAUUUGUAAAUAAAUUAUAUUAAAAUAUUUGUAUCAAUUUUCUUUGCUAUAAAUCAAUGGCAGCAUCAAUAGUCUAAAAGUAAUACAAUUCUUGUAUUUCCAUCGGUGGUCUAUAGUCUUCAUAAAUACGCUUAUCCAAUGAAGUUUUAUAUGAUGAAGUUAACGAAAACAUGGGGAAUGGUUGUUUUUCAGAGUUUCUUAUGAGUUUUUCAGUUAGAAAAACAAUCUCUUUUAGCGUUAUCAUGUUGAUACAAUCAUACACUCCAAACUUAUAAUUUAUUAAUAUCAAGAAUAAUAUAAUAACCUAGUAAUACUUUCAUUGUGAAGUGAUAAUUUAGUUGAUUUUGAUUGUGGAAAUAAUCAUGGUUUUAAAGUAAUUUAAUAACUUAAGUGUUCAGAAUGGUUGUUGGAUCCACUUCUUAUCCAGGGAGGCAAGUGCUCCACAAAAUGCAGCCAAUGGGUAUGACACCUAGGGAGCUGUCCGAGUACGAUGACUUGGCGACCGCACUUAUAGUGGAUCCCUAUCUAGGCUUUUCAACCCAUAAAAUGAAUAUUCGAUACAGACCACUAAAGACAAAUAAGGAAGAAUUGAAGAAGAUAAUUAAAGAGUUUAUUCAAACCCAAGAUUAUAAUAAAGCUUAUUCAAAGUUAGCUAAUGGAGAUUGGAUGCCAAGGCAUUUUAGUAAAAAUAAACAUCAACAAAAUAAACUAAGAGAACAUAUAUACCGUUAUCUUCGAGUAUUUGACAAAAAAGCAGGGUUUGUUAUUGAACCAUGUUAUAGAUAUUCUAUGGAAGGCCGUGUUGGAGCAAAAAUAUCAACAACAAAAAAGUUUUACAAACAUGAAAGGAUAGAUUUUUUAGUGGGAUGUAUUGCUGAGAUGACAGAGGAAGAAGAAAAGCAACUUUUGCAUCCAGGAAAAAAUGAUUUUUCAGUUAUGUAUAGCUGUAGGAAAAAUUGUGCCCAGUUAUGGCUUGGUCCAGCUGCUUAUAUAAACCAUGAUUGUAGACCAACUUGCACAUUUGAAGCUACUGAUAGAGGCAAAGCAUUUGUUAGAGUUUUAAGGGAUAUAGAUGUUGGAGAAGAGAUUACUUGUUUCUAUGGUGAAGAUUUUUUUGGAAAUGGCAAUUGUUAUUGUGAAUGUGAGACAUGUGAGAGACGAGGUAAAGGAGCUUUUUCUGUACAAAACCCACACGAAGAUGAUCAAGGUACCCGAUAUAGAUUUAGAGAAACAGAUAAUAGAAUUAAUAGAACAAAAGCUAAAUUAACACAGAAACCUGUUAAUGGCAAAAGUAAUGAAAAAUCUCGAAUAGCAAAUCGGCAGGUUUCUAAUAUAGUCUCUCCUCUUAGUAUGAAAGAGAUGAAGCAAAAGGGUUUAACAAAGUAUGAUGCUGAGCUACUAAUUGCACAGGGAUGCAUAGCUGAUAUAGUUGAUGGAUCAGAUCAGAAAGAAACGCAAGGCAGUAGGGAAUCAUCUGUUUCUAGUAGAAGUGAGAGAUUGAGACGGCGCAGGGAUAGCAAUCGAACACUAAAUGGUAUAACAGCCCAAACUGCCAGUUCCCAAAAUCAAACAGAAUACUCAAGAUGCUGUAGUAUAACAAGCUCACGGAGUAGUCAUGAUUCCCACUCUGGUAUUGUAUUAAGAAGUCAUAAACGUCUAAUGGAUACCUCAACUUCACAACCAACUUGUUCUAAAACUAGAAACAAUUCAAAAAGUAGUUCAGAAGCUAAGUUAGCAAGGAAUCAUAUGGCCCCUAAAACAGAACCUAAUCUUCCUACAUUGGAAGAAAAUAAACAUAUUAAAGUGGAGCCUCCAGACCAAAAGUAUAACACUUUGACAGAACCUAGACCUUGUGAUAUAAAGAGUGAACCUGAUACCAUGGAAUCUCCACCACUACAAAUAGAAACAUCAAUUCCAGUGAAAAUAGAAACGCAUGAAGUAAGUGAAACUCCAAUAGAAGAUAAUACAUGCAUAAAUGUUGCAGAACAUAUUAAAACUGAAACUGAGAAGUGUGAUUUAAUAGAAAAUGUGAAACCUAGUGAACCUAUUGAUAAUAACAAACAACAACUCAAAGUUAAUUCAAAUAGGACUGAAGAGUGUAAAAAACAAGCAGAAUCUGGCCCACCAUGGGUUGUAGAGAAUCCAAGCAAGAGUAGUGAAUGCCCAUGCACUCCGCCACGUAGGGGCUUAAAGUUAACGUUGCGGGUAAAACGAAGUCCAGUUGUUGAAGAAGUUAUGGAUUGUAGGAGUACAAGUGAACCGCCUGAGUAUGAAGUAUUACGCUUAGAAGGAGUAGACCCCGAGACAGCACGUCGUAUCAAAAAGCGCCGACGUUCAAAAGAGAGGCAUCGUAAACAUAGUCCUAUCCGUCCUCUGCCUCCAAUGAAACGCUUACGGUUAAUAUUCGGUAACGAGAGUCGAACUAUUGACUUACCUCCAGCCAUAACGGCAGACUGACAGGCGCAAGUCAUAUGGCGUUAUAUCUCCACCGCUUUAUAUCCAAUUAUUAGUUUAAUUUCCUCAACUGACUAGGAUUAUUUUGUGUACUAUUUAUUUAAUGUUAGACUUGAACUCAAAUGCUGUGUGAUAGGCAUUAAUUUAUUUAUUUCAUGAGAAGUAAUAAAAUCAUUAGGCAUAUUGGCACAAAAUCCUUGGUGAUACUCAAAUCAACUUUUUAUUAUAUUGAUCUUCACUUGUAAAUUUAAAGUAUUGAUCAGCAAUAAUCUAAAAUUCAAAACUUGCUGGUCAUAAUUGUUCAAAUUUGUCUAAAAGCGUAAUAAAGAUUUUCCUAGUUUACCUUUCAUUAUUCAUUAUCUUCAUUCCAUGAAUUAAAUGUAUUUUAUCUUAUGUACACUAUGAAACAUUGAUCAAAUUAAAUUUAUUGUGUAGUUUAGAGCUAAACAUGUAAAUUGUUUUUUUUUUGUAUUAUAUAGUAAUGGUGUAAUAAUGGAACAAACAAACAUUGUAAUUAUGCUAGCAUAACUGGAAUGCAUAGUUUUUAGUUAGGCUAGUUUGUGGCUUCAUUAUUGUUUUGACAAGAUUUUGGAACAACCAGUACAGUAUUAUCUUCAUAAGAGAAAAUAUUACUUUCAUUACUAAAAAGGCUCAUGCUCUACCAGAUCUUUUUUUUUACCCAAUCUGUAAAAGAUUACCUUUAUCAAAUAAAUGUUAACAUAACUUCAUAAUAUUAUGAUGCUGGCUACACAUUUUAGGAUAAAAUAAGUAGAUAACUGUAUUGUCUAUAUAAUAUUAAAAGUAAAUGAUGCAUAGUUCAUAAUUUUAAUGAUAUUCAGAUACAAAUUCAGUUUUUAUGAAUCACACCUUAUUUUGAGCAAUUGAUGUUCACAGUACCUUUUUAUUAUGUAUUUUAAGCUGUUAUAAACAUGUAAAGAUUUGUUUUUAACAAUAUUUUAUAGAAAUUUUAAUUUUGGGUCUUAACAAUAGCUUCUAAUUCAAAUUUUAUAUUAAACAAAUGAUGCAUAGUACUGGCAUCUUAGUUGCUAGGGUUUUACAUGUCCAUUGUUUCUUCUAGGUGAGUUAUAAAAUUUUCAUCUUAGUUGCUUCCAAGGUUUUAUGAAAAGUUUUCAGUACCUUAUACAAUUUUGAAUAAGAUGCCUAUCUGUCUAUAUAUAGAAUAUGUCAGUUGAUAUUAAUUGGUUAUAGUUGAGGCUAUGUUAUGCUUGUAAUUAUAAUGAGGAUUAGAAAUGUUGAAUCUUGUGAAAUUUGGUCAAAAUCAUUAAUGCGCAUCAUUUACAUUUAAUUGAAUAUGUUGAAAUUGUAUAAAUGUAAAAAAAUAGUGAUAACAUUAAUGGAACUAGUUAUGUGAUAUUCCCAAAAGGAAUAGUAAUUAUUAUAAUAGCAAGGAAUCUACAUUUGAAUAGACACUUGGUAACAGGCAAUUCUGUUAUCCUAUUUGUUAUUGGACAUGUCUUAAUGUAAUAAAAUGCCUCAAAUCCGUGUAUUGUGAUUUAUUUUGGAUUUCAUGGCAAUUAUAGUAUUAAGUAUUUACAUUCAACUGCCUUAACUGUGAUUUUCAUCAAUAAAAGUGUUGUUUUAGACAUUGGCACAGGUCUAUGUAUUAUUAAGGUAGGCUGGUUAAUAUUGUUUUGUGCAUGCAGAACUUAAUUAUUGUGGGAGUGUACAGUUAUGUACUUUAAAAUAAAUAUUACGUAUCAGGCUGA